AUGGCAUCGAGUAAAGAUAACGAAUUCGCGAGACAACGCCGCGCUGAAGAAGACGCACUCAUAGAAACCAUUCCAUACAAAAGAAGAUGCAUAAAAUUGGCACCGACGUUUCCAUCAGAAGAAGAAAUUCAGCGCAAAAUUCGUACCAUUCUAUGUUCUGUUAUUGAUGUUAUUCAAUCUAACACUGUUCUUAGCUCAUUCACUGAAAUCCGCGGCCGUAAGCCCCAGUUCUAUGCGAAAGGCGAGUCCACCCUUUAUAAGAGCCACUUGGAAAAGGUGCAUCUCGAAGGAGCUCACAUAACAGAUAAACCAAGAUGUGCAUCGGAAGCUUUAGCAAUGGGUUACGACUUAUACGGACUUCUAGUUCUCUCGGACGAUACGUUGGCGAUCUCCAAGGACAAGUUUUUUGAGGAAAGGGUGAAAGGAGUGUCCCUGGAUCCGACAUUCACGGCAGACUUCGUUCGCAAGGAGAUUGAAUUUCUGGAAGAUCUUUGUCACAAAAUCCAAACGGAAAUUCAUGAAACCCACCUUCAAACGGAAACAGAGACCCAUGAAUCCAUCUCCGAAGAAAUCAGGAGCAUGUUGGCUAGGCUUGAGAAGAAAAUUGAUGAAAGAUUCGACCAAUUCAGCCAGCAACAGGAAAGGUGCAUCAACAGGUUGACUGAUCUCGAGCACAAGGUCAAGGAAUCAGGGGAUCGCUCGCAAUCGCAUUCCGUCAAAUACGCGCAUUCAUCGAUUGCAGUAACUCCACCGCUACGUAGCAGCGAAGAAGACCUUCUCGACUUAGAAGACGAAGUCGUUUUCGAGCAUUCUGAGCUUCAUUCUGACGGCGGAGGUGUCGACGACAAUAGUAAUGAUGGACAGAGACCCACCGCGGAAGAAGAAAGGCUUGAACUUGAGCAUAGGCUGAACGUCCUAAAGAAGCUGGCCGAGUCGGAGCGCAAUGUCCCCGAAAGGAAGAUUAACAGGCACGACCCCAUGCAAGACAAGGACCGUUUUCUCCGAUGUUCGUUCUGUUUCGCUAAAGGUUUGCACUAUAGUGAUAGCUGUCCGGAGGUCCCACUGCUUUGUUUGGACAUCAGACACGAGACGCACAAUUGCCCAAGACCUAAACGACCAUGUAUGUACUGUUCUUCACUAGACCACAAUAAAGCCAUAUGCCGUCUUCCUGAGCGCAUUACGAUUACUACCGUGAGAUCGAAGAAAUUGAGCAGGAGCUGGAAUCGAAUAGAGAUUAUUAUUUUAAGGCUGGACCACCCCGAAAAGGGGAGUAUCACGACGUGA